AUGUGCACUCUGACUCCACGUCCACAAUCUUACCAAUGUUUGAUUCUACAAAAGAUGCCACAAUUUAUACUUAAUGUGUACGACAACGAGCCCCCACGCACCAGUGUAGAAAAACAGCAGCCUACCAGCUGCAACCCCGUGUAUGACAACAGCAGCACUACAGCUGCCCCAGUGUUUGCAAAGCAGCAACCACUGCCCAGUUACGACAAACACAGAUACCAUGCACCGUGUACGAAAACAGCAGCACUCCGCUGCCCCGUGUAUGACAACAGCGCACUCCCAGCUGCACCAGUGUAUGACACAGCAGCAUACCAGCUGCCCAGGGCAGCAGCAAGCAGGAGCACCUGCAAACAGGAGCACCUGCAAAUAGGAGUGCCUGUAAGCAGAAGCACCUGUAAGGAGCACCUGCAAACAGGAGCACCUGCAAGCAGGAGCACCUGCAAACAGGAGCACCUGCAAACAGGAGCACCUGUAAGCAGGAGCACCUGCAGUUCCUGGAUGAUAAAAUGGAACUGGAGACCUCAGAUAGCAACCGUGGUGGUGGUGGUGGUGGUGGUAGCAAGUGUUAUAGAGGAAGGAGUGAUGGCAGUAGAUGUAGAAGAACGAUUCAUCUGCGGACGAGUCCUGGACCAGAGGUGGAGAAGGUGUUCCUUUACAAUGCCAGGAAGGUGGAGGUGUGGUCCAGUGUAUGUGUGGACCUGGAGGUGAAACAGGUCGAACAUGUGGUCACUGUGGAGGAUGAAGAAAAUUCUGGAAAGAGCACUAAUAACUGUGACAACAUGGGCAUGUGGUCGUACAAGUCUUCACUGUACAGUUUACCACCUGCUGUAAACCACCUAUAUGCUGAACAUUCCACACUAUGGAAUGUCUCACUGGAAGCUCUAGGUGGUGACCUCACACUCAUAUCAUGCCAUGUUAAGCUGCUACAGAUAAACCAGACAGUGGAACAACAUACUCUCCGCUUCCACAGUUCUGUUAUAGACUCCAAUGUACGGUUACAUUUGGGGAACCAAGCCAGUCUCUACAUAUACAACACUACCAUUCAGGAAUUGCAUCCACGAGCCUUGGUUGCUAGUGGAAGUGCAUUUGUCCACCUGAGUGGAGGGACAGGGAUGAAAACACCACACGACAUAGUUGUCCUUCAACCUGGUGCUCUGGUGAAUAUUAGUGAAUACGAGGGUGACGUGAGGUUUGUGGUACAGGAGACUGAAGAAGACUACAGGCUGUCAACACCAAGCAUUCACCAAAGAUCUUCCUUUUCUGAUACUGUAGUGUAUAUUCUCUUUUCCAUAGUGUGUCUGCUGCUGCUUGUGUUAGUGUGCUUAUGUGUGCUCUGGAGAAAAUAUUGUGCAAAUUCAGCAGAAGUGAAAAGCAGGACUCUUGACAAAUUACAAACCUCCGAGGAACAACCGCUAGUGAGCAUCAGCAGCAACACUCCUUCCCAGGCAACACAAGCAUCUUCAGCACAGAAAUCACCGACUACCUCCACAUCCAAUAACCAAGCCAUACCUAAACUUGAUGCAGCUCCAAAUGAACAGAAGAAGCAACCUGUUUCUGAAGUUACCAACACUUAUUUACCAUUUAGGUCAAUUAUACAAGCAGGUUACACAGCAACAACGGCAGCAACCCACCAUUUCUUGACCGGAGGUGAGGAACCACCCACUGAUCACAGCAAAACAAAACACCCAACAACUGUUUCACACACUGAAGUUAGAGAUACAAAGUAAUAAGUGUGUUGUAAAGUACAGGUAAUUGUAUUGAGGAAGCACUAAACCCACAUGGUUCAUAUAGCACCUGGGGAAUGGCAGAUAAUCAUGUUUGAUCGAGUAAAUGGGUUGAUGGCUCUAAUUUAUUGGAUCAAGAGUCCUUUGUUAGCAUUUGUUAUUGCCUGAAUUAUUAUUAUUAUAAUCAAAAAGAAGCGCUAAGUCACAAGGGCUAUACAGCGCUGCAGGGUAGGGAAGGAAGCGAGGGUAUUGGGCGGUAGAAGGGGGGAGGGAUGAUCAGUAGGUUACAGAAAACAGCGGAGCAGGGGAUAGUGCGGGGGUAGAGGGCAGCAAGAGAUUGAGGUAGAAAGGGCUGAAGGUAUCAGAGUUUGUGAAGUAAGUCAGUUGUUGUCAAAAAGUCAAUGAGAGAGUCCGGAUGAAAGGUGGGUCCAUCAGCAAGAAGGGAAGGUAAAGAGAGAGCAGUGGAGCGAAGGCGACGAUGGAGGUAACUUCUGCGUGCUCGUUGAUAAAGUGUACAGUCUAACAGAAUGUGGCUGACUGAUAAUGGAACCUGACAAUUCUCACAGAGGAGCAGGGAGCCUCUCCAUGAGAUAUCCAUGAGUAAGACGAGUAUGGCCAAUGCGAAGACGGGAGAGAGUAGUCUCCCAACCUCGACACUGGUGACAAGAAGACGGCCAGUAACCUAUACAGUGGAUCCCCGGUAUUCGAUGGCAUCGGUAUUCGAUAAAUCCGGUAUUCGAUGCAUUUUAACGCAAAAAUUUUGCCUCGGUAUCCGAUUGAAAACCUGGUAUUUGAUACGAUUCGUACGCAACGUGUCCACGUGUGGCCUGAACUGCCCCUUGUGUGCCAGUGUUUAUAAGCCAGCCAGUGUGUGCGCAUCUAAGGAUACAUUCGGUACAUUCCAUAUUAUCCAUAUUAACACUGUUUUUGGUGCUUGUUUCUGCAAAAAAAUAAGUCACCAUGGGCCCCAAGAAAGCUUCUAGUGCCAACCCUGUGGUAAAAAGGGUGAGAAUUAGUAUGGAAAUUAAGAAAGAUUUUGAAGGGUUUGGGGCUAACCCUGAGAAGCCUAUGCUAGUUGUGGAAUCCAUUGUGCCUACUUCAAAAAUUAAGGAAAUGUGUGCACAGUGGGUUGAAGUGCAAACCUUUAUGGAUGAAAAUCACCCUAACACAGCUAUUGCAAGCCGUGCUGGUGACUAUUGCAAUGACAAUGUUGUGGCCCAUUUUAGACAAACCGUAAAGGAACGGGAGGUACAGAGCUCUAUGGACAGAUUUGUUGUGCGACAGAGGUCCAGUGACUCUCAAGCUGGUCCUAGUGGCAUUAAAAGAAGAAGGGAAGUAACCCCGGAAAAGGACUUGCUACCUCAAGUCCUAAUGGAAGGGGAUUUCCCUUCUAAACACUAACGCCAUCCACACUCUCCCCUCCUCCCAUCCCAUCAAUCAUCACCAGAUCUUCAAUAAAGGUAAGUGUCAUGUAACUGUGCAUGUCUUCUUCAGUUUGUAUUAAAAUUAAUAUUUCAUGUGGUAAAAAAAAUUUUUUUUCAUACUUUUGGGUGUCUUGCAUGGAUUAAUUUGAUUUCCAUUAUUUCUUAUGGGGAAAAUUGAUUCGCUUUUCGAUAUUUCUGGUAUUCGAUGAGCUCUCAGGAACGGAUUAAUAUCGAAUACCGGGGGUCCACUGUACUCGGUUUAAUAGAUUGAAGUUUGUUACCGAGCAGAGUAGACCAACGUUGUUGCCAACGGGUGUGAAGGUGGGUAGCUAUUGCAGCAAAGUAGUCCGUAAAUGGAAUACCUCUGUAGGAAACUGGUAGGUCAUGUACUGCUGACCGCGCAGCAGUGUCUGCCUGUUCAUUGCUCUGUACGUCAACAUGACCAGGGACCCAACAAAAAACAACAUCUUUAUGCUUGGUAAAGAUGCGGCAUAGCCAAAGUUGGAUACGGAAGACUAAGGGGUGAGGUGUAUCAAAUUUCUGUAUAGCCUGUAAAGCACUAAGGGAGUCUGAGACAACCACAAAUGAUGACACAGGCAUAGAUGCAAUAUGGAUAAGUGCUGCAAGAAUGGCAUACAAUUCAGCAGUAAAAAUACUAGCCGAAGAUAGUAAAUGCCCUCGCACGACGCUGUCCGGAAACACUGCUGCGAAUCCUACGCCAUCAGAGGACUUAGAGCCAUCUGUGUACACUGCAAAUGCAUGAGAAUGAGAGUAGAAGUGGUCAAGAAAAAGAGAGCGGGAAGCCACCGUAGACAGUUGGGCUUUCGAGCAAGGGACAGAGAAAGAACAGACUCGAACAGCUAGAACUUCCUAGGAAGGCAGGGAAAAGUGAGAUGCUACAUGAACAUAGAAAGGUGGUAAUUGAAGAGAAGACAAGAGCGAAUGUAGGCGAAGAGAGAAGGGAUGGAGUAAACAGGGGAGGCGAACAAAUAAAGAAUGUCUACUAAUAUCAGUGACCAUUCUAUAAAUGGAAGGAUUACGGAGAUCAUGAGAAUGUACAUAGUAGCGAAGGCAAUGGGCAUCACGGCGAUCGGAUAAGGAUGGAAUGUUCGCUUCUGCAUAGAGGCUCUCAACAGGGGAAGAGCAAAAAGCACCAAGGCAUAAACGUAAUCCUUGGUGAUGAAUGGGGUUAAGGCUAGAGAGAGUAGAAGGAGAGGCAGCUGAAUAGAUCUGGUCACCAUAAUCAAGUUUCGAUAAAAUGAGGGUGGAAUGUAGGCGAAGGAGAGUUCGAUAAUCAGCUCCCCAUGAAAGAUGAGCAAGGGUUUUAAGAAGGUUCAGCCGGCUGUGACAAGUUGCCUUCAGAGAGGUAAUGUGAGGUUUCCAGGAUAACCUACGGUCAAAGAGGAGGCCCAGAAACCUGACUAUCACGUUCAGGGAUACGGGUGCCAUAGAGGUACAAAUGAUGAUUGGAGAUGACAGAGCAUCUAGUGAAAAUAAUUCGGUGAGUUUUGGUACUGGAAAAUUGUUAUUGCCUGAAACUUUAAUUGAACUUUACCAAGAAAAAGAGAUGGGUAUAUAGUACUUGAACUUCACCCAGACUCUAGCAGAUCUGCUGAAGACAGUUUCAGGCACAAAUGAUUACAUGUCUUAAAUAUAUAAUUCUGCUGUUCCAGCUGUUUCUUCCUUAUGUGUGAUGUGAAUUUUUAUUCUAGAUAGUUUGUAAUAAUGAGUGUCAAUAAAUAAGGAUAUAGUAUUUGCAAUGAA